UAACGGGAUACCAAACAAUGUUGAAACUCAGCUCACCUAUUCAUUUUGCGGAAGAUUAAGUGAAAGACAUGUUCAUUGUGGAACAAAUUGGUGGAUUCUUUGAGUAUUUUAGUGUGUUCAAGAAUGUUUUGACCGGAUGUAACCGAGAUGAGUAAAGUAUGUCAAAACUCAUCGACACCAACAAUCCGGCAUCGCAAAACUGGCUUAAACAGUGGCGGGCUGUAUACGUCACAAGGCAGGCCCUUCUGCCCGCUGUCGAAGUUGAGGCGACACUUUUGCAUGGCGAACAAUUGCGAAAAGCACAGGUACCAGCAUGCACCACAUGCUCUUCCAUAGAUGUACACAACAGAAAUGCAAGGUGCCCAUUUCAUACUGUUCUCCGAGAAGAGUUGGUCAACGAGCAUGCAUAUGGACAAGCGAAAGGAAUAGGUGCACUGAAUUUGAGAAACACAAAAACAGAAAACUGGGCUCACUCACCAUGGGAGAUAGCCAAGGUAUUUAUGUCGCCAUCUGGAUAUGAGAAAAAGGCCACUGUUGAAGAAACGGAUUUCAAUGGCAUUGCUGGAUUCAUCAUUAACUGCAGGCGUUUCCAGGGGAAGAUCACUCCCAGUGUCUGUGAAAAGGCUCGAGAAAUGGUCAAUCACAUUCGGCACAUGCCGGACAGUUGUUCCAGCUCACUGACAGACCAGGCUACAACCGAAUGUAUUGAUAACCUGUACGCUCUACUUAAAGAGCCAGGACUGCAGGCUCGGCCAGAGGCGUUACAGGCUAGGAAACAAUUGGACCAGCUGAAGACAACCGAUCCGUCUAAAGAUGAAAAUGCAUACAAGUAUAUCUGCCAGGAGUUACAUGAUGAAUUCCAACAGAGACUUGCAGAUAUUGAAAUGAAACUUCAAACAGACACAAUUGAUACAGAAAGUGCUAAAGAAUAUAUACACUCUGAAAGCAAACAAUUCCAGAAGAAUCUGGAAGACAUGUUGGAAGCACAUGAACUUUUUUCUAACGCUGCUAUGCACGAUUUAUCAGAGACUAAAGACAACAUUUUUCUGUCGAUUAAACAAGAAAGGAGUAGGGUCAUGGAUCACAUAACGUUUUUGGAAAGAAGGGCCACAGAAAAUAUUAAACAAGCUGUGACAGAUGGUAAAAGAACGCUUGAAGAUCAGUCAGAGAUACUCGUUAAACGGUUGCGUAAAGAAGUAGUCGAACCUCUACACAAACAAACGAAAUCUGAGUUAAAGGAAAAUUUGCUCAACCAUUACAAAACAAAAGUCAGAAUGCAAGUCCGAUUGGAUAUUGAUGCUGCUGUAGAGGACAUUUAUGAAAUGCCACUACUGGUGUUAAAGAAUAAAAAAGACAAAGACGGGAAAUAUAAACAUGAAAAAAUAUCAGACAUAAAUAACAUGUUUCUGAUCGACAAAGGCACACUGGCUACAACAGUAUUCGUGGAAGGCGAGCCGGGCACCGGUAAGUCUUCACUUUGCAGAAAGAUUGUUGCUGACUGGUGCGAACUGAAUCAGAAAGGAACUAAGGAGGCAGGGACAUACACACUCUUCAACCAGAUUGAGUUCCUAUUCUACAUAAAGCUUCGAGAAGUUGAGGGAAAAUGCAAAGUCAAAGACAUGAUAUUGCAAUGUUUGAUCGAUCAGAUUGAGUCAGAUGAUAAAGGCUUUACUGAAUUGUUAACAGAGAUUUUGAAAUCAGAACGAUGUCUUAUAUUGCUUGAUGGUCUAGACGAGUGGAAGCAUAGCAGAAAAUGUAAGCUUGAUGAAAGGAUUCCUCAUAUUGAAACAAAUUGGAUGAACUGUACAACAAUAAUUACAACAAGACCGUACAAACUAGCUGAGGUAAAAGUAAACCUCUCACAACUUGGAAACCACGUGCAGUUGCAAGGCGUUGAGUCACCUAAGGAACUAGUUCGGAAAAUAAUUUGGGAGUUACGGAAAAGUCACCAAGUAGCAGGAGAUACAGACACCUGCGUCAAUGAAAUUCAAAUGAAAGGUCUGUGGCAUUUCAGAGACGUUCCAAUCAUGCUGGUACACAUUGUUUGGCUCUGGCAUAGAGGCAAAUUAAAGGAAAACAUGUCUCAGUGUUUCGUGUACAGGGAAAUAAUAGAAGAAAGGUGGUAUGAAAUGUGGGACAAGAAAAACAUAAAAGCGAACAAACCACCUAAUGACUUUCUUUAUGCGUUGGGUGAAUUAGCUUUCCAUCAACUGAUUUCCCCUAGCGAGGACGAUUCCAUUGUAUUUGAAAUUCAAGGGGAUCAACUAGAAAAAUUUAGACGGUACGAACAGUCGUCUCUUGAAUCUGGAAUAAUCUCAUGCAGCAACAGAGCAGGUGAAAGAUCACCGUAUUAUCAUUUUCUGCACAAAACACUUCAAGAGUAUUUGUCGGCAUGGUAUUUAGCGAAUUGCGGAACAGAAUUGUCUAAAAUGUGCAAGCAUAUUGAAGAACUUUAUGUACACAACAGGAGAGAAAGUGUAUUCAGUCUGUCGCAAAUGUUCCUCAGUCUUUGUUCCCUGAAUAAAACUGCUGCUGAAAUGUUUUCCAAAACAUUAAAUGAUCUGUUUACUGAAAAUUGUGAAAGAGAUGAUUAUUCAGCUGACAAAGCUUUGGAAUUCCAAAACAUGAUACUGCGAGGAUAUGACGAAGCGGAGAAAAGCGGACACUCAAGGAUGGAGUUAGAGUUCUGCCUUAAUCAUGUCGUCCUUGGCAAUGUAGAAUUUUGGAAAGGGGAACAUGAUCUUACAACAAAACAAAAGUCAACGUUGAAAGAUUGUUUGGAGAAAAGAAAAUCAAACCUCAUGUCAUUACAUAUAGGUGAAAAAAGUACCCUCUCCUCUGCCCUUCAGUACAAGAAAGAUCCAAAUAUCUUAGAUUUAGCGGCUUGCAAGACUCUAAAGUUUGUUGAUUUAACAAAUGAUUCAUACGAAGAUAUCAACCAUUUGAAUUUGCACGGAUUAUUAGAAUGCAAUAUAAGCUUCAUAGACUACCAGACAGCAAGUAAACUGGCAUCUUCGUUGCAGUCGUCAGAUUUAAAAUGUUUGAGAAAACUCACAUUGAACAACUUUGGUUUCGAACGUCAAGCUGGGGAAAUUAUCUCACAGCUUGAAAAUAUCAAACAUAUAGACCUCACAUUGAUCAAGGCGUGUCGUCCAAAUGAUUCAGUAUUAGACCUUGAGAACCUUAGACAUCUCGAAUAUCUCGAGAAACUCUCAUUACGUGGACUUGAUUUCUCUGACGUUAUCAACUUACAAGUGAUCAAUCUACACAAGUUAGGAAUCAAGUUUAGAACACAACAACGAGCACCACAGUUAAUAACAGCGUUACUACCGCAAAGAGAUGGUUCACUCACAACGGCUCUGCCAUCGCAGUCCGCGGAAACAGGCGAAGAUAUUCAUUAAUUUACAUAAUGGGCGGAAUUAUUGACGUCAUUGAGUUUGACUGCUGCUAAUAGACACAGUUACUGGUUAGAAACAGAUGAAUUAACAUCGGGCGUUAAUUACUCUUGACAUGUGUUUAUAUACAUUAAUUUAAUAAACAAACCUUCAGCACAUGGCUUGCAUCCCUGAAUAGCAGAGCAAUUACCUUUUUUGUCAUCUUAAAUAUCGGCGAAUCUGACUUGGUGCAUUUUUUAAUAAUAAGCGUAUAGAAAACACGAUGCUUUACGCGUGUCAUUGGCAUGUUGUUGUUUUAAUCAUAUAAGGAAAAAACGGUAGCCCGGUCGGGUUAGUUUUUGCGGAAAAUCGGUAGUCCGAGCUGAAAUUCGGUAGCCAAGGGCUAUCGGACUACCGCCAUUGGCGUUUUUUACGGCUUCCUGCUCUUCGUAGUUCUCUGUGACUUUAAAUUGAUUAAUCGUUUUCUUUAUGGCCUGUAGCAGUCUGAUCUUAAAAAUGUUUAGCAGGGCUUUUCGGUAUAUAUAUCCGCAUAUCCUCAAAUCCAACCUUCUUGGCUUCGCUCUCACUAAGAUCGCUAUCUUCUUGCAUAAGCUCACGCACUUUCUCCCUGUACUGAGAUUGACACGGUUCGAAAAGCCUCAAUGGCAAACUCUUGCAAAGGAUCAAUAUCCGAAUAGUUAUCAGAGGUUACAGACAUGUUGUCUUUGCUGUUAUCAGACUCGUUUUCAUCAUCAAGUCCAUUUUUUCUAAUUUUAGCUAUGACGCUAUAUAGAAACUAAUGCGUACAGAUGACGGGUAAAGUAUAUCAUAACACAAGUCCACUGGUGACAUGUCUAUCCUCGUAAAUUGAUACAGUUUAUUAUAAUUGUUGCAUAUAUGAGAAUGGAUUUUAUGUUCGUUUUGCUUUUGUUUAAAUAAUCAGUAGAGGUUAACGUAGUAUUAAAAUAUGUAGAUUAUUUAAGAAACAAAACAACUGUCGAAUUAGAUGUAAACACUUGUGUUUCCAAUUUUAUUUUCUCAAAUAUACAUGUAGAUCAUAAAUAUAUUGAAAAUAUAUACAAAACUCGUGUACGCAAAUAAAUCACAUAAAUAAAUCACAAAUAAAUCGAGAAAGUAUUUUUGAGGUUUUUUUUGUUUUGGGGUGUUAGUUGAAAAGGGAGAAAGAGAUGUUUGUAGGUAGUGGAAAGUAAUAUGGAUGAAACUUAUAUUUUUGAUAAUAACGUUUUCAAAACUGUUAUUUUAAUUAAAUUGUCGAAAUAUGUUUUUGAUCCAUCUAAAAUGAAGCUAGCAUAAUAAUUUGUUCGAUUUGGGUAAAUAGUGUUUACUUUAAUAGCUUAAUAAUUUCAUUUAUAUUGAUUUCAAUAGACAAUAGCUCGAUGCAACAAAUAAAUAAAUACGGGAAAAGAGGACAGCCUUGUCUGACACCUUUACGUUUAAAAGAACUCUGAUUUAAAAAAAAAAUGUGAUUCGUAACACAACCUUUGGUAUCUGAAUAAGAUAAUAAAAUAGUUGUACCCAUUUACUAUACCUUUACCAAAAUUGAAAUUUUCAGGCAUUUUAUUAGGAAAACUGUGGUCCAGGCUAUCAAAAGCUUUAUUAAUAUCAGAAAAAAUAUCAGACCUUCGUUUGAAUUUGUGAAAUUAAUCACUUCUUGAAGAAUUCUGAUAUUUUUCCCAAUAUAUUUCCCCUUGAUGAAACCUGUCUGAUCAUAACAAAUUAUCUUCUGUAAGAAUGGCUUUGCUCUAUUUGCAAUUGAUUUUGAAGCUAUUUGGUAACCUUAAUUUAGUAGAGAAAGAGGUCUCUAAUUGUUUAUUUGAGUAAUAUCUUCUUCUUUUUCGGAAGAAGUGUAAUGAUACUCUAUUUUUGCAAUUCUUUUAAAAUGAAUAAUUGAAAGACAGGACCAGGUCUGGUUUUAUUUUGUUCCAGAAAGAUUGAUAAAAUUCCGCUGUCAAACCAUGCGACACUGGACUUUUUUUUGCUUUUAUCGCGUUUAAACAUUCGUAUUCAGUUAGAUCGACCUGUCCAUGAUCUACCUUUGAAAUACAUUUUUUUCUCAUUUUGCGUAAAGCAGAUAUUUUAAGGAAAUUCUAAAUUCUCGUCCUCUCAUAUAAAGAGAUUCAUAAAAUGAUGUUGCAUGAGGUUGAACUUAAUUUUUUAUCUGAUACAAGAUUGCAAGAUCAGUGGAAGGUCGCAAUAUAUUUCACCUCGUGCAACAAAAAUGGUAAAUAUAGUUUAAGGUGAAAAAUAAUACGAUCUUACAUUGAAACAAACAAUUAUCCUCUAGUUCAUGCAUUUUUAAAUGACCAGUGAGUCAUCAUAAUGCGAGAUCUGUCCUUUUGUUGGUGAAAACUAUUUUUGUAUUGUAUAUUAAGUUUAAAAUCGUUAUCAUACUUACUGGGGAAGAUUAUAGUAAGAAAUAUAAAAUUACCUGUGCCACGAAAUGUUUAGAGAUACGAGAAAGGAGAAUCUUAGGAUUCAAUAAUUCAUUUCGAUUUUAGACAAGAAAUUAGAAUAUAAAUUCACACGCAUGUUUCAAACAAAGAAACAGUUAAACAUGUUUUGUUUGUCAAUACUAACAUUUUCAACACCAACCUAAUGGAAAAUCAAGCAAAGGUUAAUCUGACAGAAUGUAUCGUUAUAUAUUAUUACUACGUAUAAAAAGCUAAACAUUGUAUCGCAUCACAAUGUAUGCGAUUUCAUUAUUGAGAAUGAUAUAACAAUACUACCACAAUAUAACUCUAGCUUAAUAUGUUUAAACGAAUAAAAUCAUCCAAGAAAUCUUAUCACUUCAAUUUAAUAAAUUAGUUAGUAAAAUUGCUGAAUAAAAGCAGGUGCGUAGUAUACUAUAGGUUGUGUAGACCUAUGAAUACAUUAUGUAUAUGCAUCAGAUCUGUUUGUAACAAUCUUUGAUGAAUAUGACA